CAAAAAGAAAUGUUACUUUCAAAAUUCUUCUUAAUUAUAAUAAUUACUUUAAACGGAAUUCUGGCACAAAAGCUUUUCAUACACCAACAAAACGUGGAGGUGACAAUUCCAGUGACAAAGCAAUUUCAUUACGAAUUGGAUGUAUAUCCAAUUCUUCAUUUGACGUUUACAGAUUUGGAAGUCAAUUUAAAAUCAUCUUACAAAUUUUCGUUGAAAAAAUCGCAAGAUGUGCUCACCAUUAAUGAAAUAACAGGAGCAGUCUACUUUCAUCGUAAUAAAUGGUUUGAAGGAGUCAAAACUAUAAAGAAUUUGAAAGCGACUGUCAAAAAUAUGGAAACCGGAGCCACCGCUUUAACAAAUUUGUCUUUCAAUUUCAUGAAAAUCACACAAAAAGAAUUUUGUCGAGAGUUUUCUUGCUUCUUUGAUCACAUCAAUUAUCUCUCGUCAGAAUUUAAUGAUCGCAAACCAGUGACAGAAGAACAAAUCAUUGGCGAAUUGAGUCCACAAUUAUAUCGUCGUGUUUGUGAUGAUUUUUCAUUACUUUACAUCUUCAAAAAUGGAACCGAUCAUGUUUUUAUUUCACUGAAAAAUCAAUUAAUAAAAGAACCAAAAACGGAUUACGAAAUGAUGCAAAUUAAAACACUUUUCAUUGAUGUUACUUGUGAACUAAAAGACAAGCAAUUCAAUGAAAUUUCUACAAAUAGAAAGCUUUUGAACAUAACAAUUGUUGAUAGGAAUGACAAUUUGAUAUAUGUUGACGAUGAGUCCAAGAAAGUUGAAAUCUUCCGUGAAAAUAAUGAAUUCUCAAAGAAUGAAAUUGUGAAUCGUUCUGUGAUCGUUAUUUUCCGUGACAGAGAUUCAAUUGAAGCCAACAGUCAUUCUGAAAUAAAAGUACAUGGUUUGGAAGACAUUUUCAAAUGUAAUUGUUCCUUGAAUCCUUGGUAUGAUUCCGAAUUUAAUUUAACUUCGUCUGCUUUCAUUUGUGACAUUCUCUUUACACGUGAUGGAAAACUGAAUCAAACCAAAUAUUGCUUCCAAUUGAAAGCCUUUGAUGUGUCCAUAAGGAAGAAGCCUCACGAUUCUGCACAUAUAUGUGUUUACAUAACGAAAAACUCAUUAACUUUCAACAAAACAUUAACUCAAUCUGGAAUUGAACUUUCAAAAAAUGGAAAUUACGAAAAAUCUUCUCCAAUUUUUUUUUCCUGUGAUGAUUCAUGUUGGUUUCCUUUACUUGUCAUUUCAAUUUUUGUUAUUCUCUUAAUUGGACUUUACUUUACAUUUUUUUUUGCUGCUCGAACUCUACAAAAAUCUCAAAUUCUUCUUGCAUCAAACAUUUCUCUUCUUGACAUAGAACCACAAUUACGCAGUCGAGAAGGAACAACUUCUCAAGAUGAUGUUGCAAUACCAUCAGAAACCGUUCAUUGUCAUCUUGAAUUUUACUCAAAGAAAUGGGAAAUUGAAAGUGAUAAUGUUCAAGUUGAAGAAAUUAUUGGAGAAGGAGAAUUUGGUAGAGUUAUGUUAGCUUCACUGAAAAAUCAAGCUUCGGUUUUAGGUGCUUUGAAAACAGUUAAAAAUGUGACAAAUGAUUCAGAAUUGACAAGUCUUAAGAAAGAAUUUGAACAACUUCAAAAAGUUUCUUCUGAUCCUCAUCCUAACGUCAUAGCUUUGCUUGGAUGUUGUUCAAAAGGAGAAUUGCCCAUGAUUAUACUCGAAUUUUGUAUUUUUGGCUCAUUAAAAGACUAUUUACUGUCAAGUCGUUUAAUCAAAUCAAGAUUAAAUAGCGAAGGUAUUGAUAAAGUCAUUGAAGAUGACAUUCUUCGAUUUUCGUUUGAAAUCUCAUGCGGAAUGGCACAUUUAGCGAAACUUAAAUUAGUUCAUCGUGACUUGGCAGCACGAAAUAUUUUAUUGAAUGAACAGAAGUGCUGUAAAAUUUCUGAUUUUGGUCUCAUGAGAAAUGUUUGUAAAUCUUGCAACACUUACGCAAAGUGCAGUGAUGAUAAGAUUCCCAUUAAAUGGCUUCCACCAGAAGCCCUUACAGCGGCUGAAGAAUAUACAACAAAAAGCGAUGUUUGGUCUUUUGGUAUUCUCGGAUACGAACUUGUGACACUUGGAGGAUCCCCAUAUCCAUCAAUCAUUGCUACUCAAGGAGAGUUCUUGUUCCAACUCUUAAAUGGUGCUAGAAUGAAAUGCCCAACAAACUGUUCGCAACAACUUUUCGAAAUUUAUGAAUCAUGUUGGAUGAUUCAGCCUUCAGACCGUCCAACUUUUGAAGAAUUAUCGGACAGAAUUUCACAACUUUCUUUACUGAAGAAAGAAGACAACAAAGGGUUAACUUAUUUAAAUACAUCAAAUGAACUUUGGCGGUCUCCAGAAAUUUCAUUAGAAGAAAUUUUGGAAACAGAAAAAUGUUACGAAAGUUAUGUUAAGCGAUUGGAACGAAUUCAAUCGAAAUUUAAAUAUGAAAUAAUGAAAAAAGAAAUGAAAAUUGAAAGGACUUCAAAAGCUUUUUCUUUUCCACCAUGGAAGCCAAUCAAUUCUAAAAAGACAAUGAAAGAUGCAAAAUCAAUUAAUUCUAUUGACAAUGAAGGAUAUGACAAUAAUUUCGAUGUAAUAAACGCCAUGAAUUAUCGAUUAAGCAAAAAUACUUCCGAAGUACCGGAUUCAACAUUAGAAGACGAUAAAAGUAAAUUCGAUCCUGUUGUAAGUACAAAUAUUGGAUCUUCAAUAUCACAAGUAUCAACAAGUUCAGGCUACAUUACAAUGAAUAAUUUUAGAAACAACUCACAAAAGUAAGAAAAUUCAAAAUAUUUACUUUCAAAGGACAAAGAACAAUUUUAGAUUUAUAACUUUGCUUUAGAAUUUUAACUUUCUUAAUAACUCAUGAAAAAAAUUAAAAAUCAAAAAUAAUUAUGAAUUCUUAUUUAAGAAAAUUUAAUCAUAGAUACUUUUAAUUUUUCUAACAAGUUAUACC